AUGAUUCAGAACUUCGUUACUGACGCAGUAUUCCCACAAAACGUUACCCAUGAUGUCCAAGAAAUCUAUGGUUUAAAACAAAUAUCUUCCCAUACCUAUCGCGGUAAUCUCCCAUUACAGAAACCAAUGAAGAAAGCAAGAGGUGCAUAUGGAGGUAAUCUAGUAGCACAAGCAGUUGCAGUCGCCAUCAAAUCAUCACCCCAUGGGUUCCGUCCUCAUUCCUUACAUUCAUACUUCGUCAAAGCCGUAAAUGAUCAAGAUGUGGUUGAUUAUGAUGUUGAAGAAAUAUCAAAUGGGAAAUCAUUCGUUAAUCGAGCAAUUAAAGCCAAACAGAAUGGACAAGUCGUGUAUACUGCUAAUAUAUCCUUAACUAAGAAUAAUUCUCAUUUGGAAGCAUGGAAGAGAUAUAAUGAAGCAAAAGCUAACAACCAUCCAAACGCGGAACAACUCAAACCAUUUGAAUUCAGUACUCCACCACAUGAUUGGUUUGAUAAAUAUGAAAUUGAAAAAUUACCUAUUGGUGCUGCUAAUGCGAAUUUAUUAUUCUAUCAUAAGGUGUUUCCGGAAUUGGUAGAUCUUGAAUUAACUAAACAUGAAGAGAAAAUACCAAUUGCAGAAAGGAAAUUUUCAUAUAUGGUAAAAUGGGGGAUUGAAAAUGAGCAAGGUUUCAAUCAACCUUUAACUAAUGUUGAUCCUGAUUUUAAAUAUGUUGGGUUGGCAUCACUUUCAGAUUCGAUCUUUUUAACUAGAUUAAUGAGAGUAUUAAGAAUUGAGGGAGUUGACCAUACUGAUUUAGUUCAUUAUUUCUCAGUAUCUUUAGAUCAUUCAUUGUUUUUCCAUGAUGAUGAUUUUGAUGUAACGAAAUGGAUGGGGGUUACUUUUAAAGUAUCAAGAUGUGGACAUAAUAGAGUUUUAAUUGAAGGUAAGAUUUAUAAUCAUAAGAAAAUUCAUGUUGCCACGUUUGUUCAAGAAGGUUUAGUUCAAUUUGGAGGAAGAGAAGAAGGUGCCAAGUUGUAG